CUGCCACCACCUCCGCUGCGGACCGAAACGAGAUGGCGGCCACUGAGGGGGUCGGGGAGGCUGCGCGGGGCAGCGCGUCCGGUCAGCCGGAGCCGCCGCCGCCCCAGCCGCACCCUCCGCCGCCCCAGCAGCAGCAGCCCCAGGAAGAAGCUAUGGCGGCUGAGUCCGGAGAAGCGGUGGCGUCCCCUAUGGACGACGGGUUCCUGAGCCUGGACUCGCCCACCUAUGUCCUGUACAGGGACAGAGCAGAAUGGGCUGAUAUAGAUCCAGUGCCGCAGAAUGAUGGCCCCAAUCCAGUGGUCCAGAUCAUUUAUAGUGAAAAAUUUAGAGAUGUUUAUGAUUAUUUCCGGGCUGUUCUGCAGCGUGAUGAAAGAAGUGAACGAGCUUUUAAACUAACCAGAGAUGCUAUUGAGUUAAAUGCAGCAAAUUAUACAGUGUGGCAUUUUCGGAGAGUUCUCUUAAAGUCACUUCAAAAGGAUCUACAUGAGGAAAUGAACUAUAUCACUGCAAUAAUUGAGGAACAGCCCAAAAACUACCAAGUUUGGCAUCAUAGGCGAGUAUUAGUGGAAUGGCUAAAAGAUCCAUCUCAGGAGCUAGAGUUUAUUGCUGAUAUUCUUAAUCAGGAUGCGAAGAAUUAUCAUGCCUGGCAACAUCGACAGUGGGUUAUUCAGGAAUUUAAACUUUGGGAUAAUGAACUGCAGUAUGUAGACCAACUUCUCAAAGAGGAUGUGAGAAAUAACUCUGUCUGGAACCAAAGAUACUUCGUAAUUUCUAACACCACUGGCUACAAUGAUCGUGCUAUAUUGGAGAGAGAAGUCCAGUACACGUUGGAAAUGAUCAAACUAGUACCACAUAAUGAAAGUGCUUGGAACUAUUUGAAAGGAAUUUUACAGGAUCGUGGUCUUUCCAAAUAUCCCAAUCUGUUAAAUCAGUUACUUGAUUUACAACCAAGUCACAGUUCCCCCUACCUAAUUGCCUUUCUCGUGGAUAUCUAUGAAGACAUGCUAGAAAACCAAUGUGACAACAAGGAGGACAUUCUUAAUAAAGCAUUAGAGUUGUGUGAAAUCCUAGCUAAAGAAAAGGACACUAUAAGAAAGGAAUAUUGGAGAUACAUCGGAAGAUCCCUUCAAAGCAAACACAGCACGGAGAGUGACCCGCCAACAAAUGUACAGCAAUAACACCAUCUAGAAGAACUCGAUGGAAUGAUUUUAUUUUUUUAAGAGACUCUAAUGCAGGAGUUUAAAACUAAAGUGAUCAUUCCCUUUGCCUGUGGUAUAAAACGCACACAGGUAUUGCUUUUUAACAAGAACUAAGUGUGAUGCUCCUUGGGUGCUGCUGCUAUUCAGACUAGUAACUUGAUUCUUCUUAAGCAAAGUGAUUUGGUGGGGGAAGGAGAAGAAACAAAGUCCCGUUCAGGAACUUUUGUAGUCUUACCAACAUUUGUUCUAAUCCCUUAGCAUCAGCUCUUCCCUACAGGGUAUAUGCGUCAGAAUUUGCAGCAUUAAUGAGUGCGGGUAACUUGUAUGUAAUGCAUAUAAGGUAAUUUAAAUUUUGGUUCAGGAAGCAGGGAAUGCAGUUGUUACAUUAGAGCUGCUAUGCCACACUCACAGUAUCUUGCUAUCACUGUAACCAACUAAUGCCAAAAGAAUGGUUUUAUAAUAAAAUGAUAGAUGUAUCCUAAAACAAUGACAAAGUACUUUGAUUUUUUUAAAUAGUAUUUAAGUAUGUACAAGGGACAUUGUCUCAGCUUAGAAAAGCCACUGAGAAAGAAAAUACUGCCAUAGAACUAUAGAAACCAGAAUCAUGAUUAUGUUAAAGGAAACGUUAUUAGAAUGUGAAUUGGUCAGUUCUUUAAAUUAUUUUUUUCACUGUUUAUUUAUUUUUGAGAGACAGAGAGACACUGAACAUGAGUGGGGGAGGGGCAGAGAGAGGGAGACACAGAAUCUGAAGCAGGCUCCAGGCUCUGAGCUGACAGCACCAGAGCCCGACGUGGGGCUUGAACCCACAAACUGAGAUCAUGACCCGAGCCGAAGUCAGAUGCUUAACUGACUGAGUCACCCAGGUGCCCUGAAUUGGUCAAUUCUUGACAUCAACAAAAUCUACUCAAGACAGUUUAGUCCUACAGGGUUUAUUAAGGUAUAUAGUAACUCACAGAAUGAUUACCUGAUCUUCCAUAAAUACAUGGCCCAGCCACACUGUAGCACUGGGCCAUCGAAUUGCUGUUGCCUGUGCCGGGAUCAGGAAACUGCUGACAGGCUGCCACUCCAGGACUGUGCACCCCUGCCCCAUUGCGUGCGGGCACAUCUGCUUCCCUUCCCACAUGGUGCAGCUCCCAAUUACAGGCUCACUCACUUUGGUGGGUCAGAUUAGAAAGAACCUGAAUGACAUCUAAAACUCUGAACUGCAAAGGAAUCUGGCAAAUGUAGUUUAUAGCUUUCCAGCCUCUACAGUUCAGGAAGACAUGCCAGAGUAAAGUGUUGAACAGUUUAGUUCUCUGUACCUGUGCAUAAUUAAAUCUCACUUUCUGAAUAAAGAGUUCUUGUUCAGUGUUCAAAGCACCAAACUACAACUAAAGGAAUUUAUAUACAGUAGGAUAGUCUUCUGAAGAAUUUAGGAAAUAAUAUUUUUAACAUUUCAUAUCUUUUUGCUGUUUUAGACUCAAAAAUCUGAUUUGAUAUUUUAAAUUGUCAUAUGAAGUCUCAUUCUUAAUGUAGACCAUUUCAAGCGUUAUACGGAACAAAAACCUUACAGAGAAGUUGCAAGAUAGCAUUUACUUCCAGAAGCUAUCUCAUCGGUGUCCCAAAAUUGAUUGGAUUCUGAGUUAUAGGCUGAACAAAGUUCAUCAAGACUGUUUAAUAAGAAGCAGAAUUUACACUGAGAAAUGUAAGUGAAGCAGACCAGACACAGCUGAAUUAGCCUGGUUACUUGGCAUUUUAUUUUCUGCCUGAGGUGGCAAUUCAUUUAUUAAAACAUUGCUUUGUGGGCAUGGGAUCAGGUGAGGAGGCUCUGUGAUUUAAAUGUAUAACGAUUUUAGGCUCUGCUAAUCCUGACAAGGACCAUCUCCUUAAUGGACAACUGGACACAUAAACCUGGCAGCACACUCCUUUCACUGGACCAGCAAUUAACAUGUCUGUGGAGGGGGCGCCUGGGUGGCUCAGUUAGUUAAACGUCCGAUUUCAGGUCAGGUCAUGAUCUCGCAGUUCGCAAGUUCGGGCCCCUCCUCAGGCUCUGUGCCAACAGCUCAGACCCUGGAGUCUGUUUCGUAUUCUGUGUCUCCCUCUCUGCCCCUCCCUGUUCACACUCUGUUUUUCUCUCUCUCAAAAAUAAACAUUUAAAAAAAAAAAAAAGAAAAAACACGUCUGUGGAGGAGUCUGCUAGUUCAGAACUACUUGGCUUAAUAACACUGUCACUGUGUUGCUGAUUUGCACUGUUGGUGCAAAAACAAUGGUGGGUAAAACUGCUGGUGCCUUACUACGAAACAAGGCAGUGGUACUCAGUAGUUGCUGUAUUCUUCACUGCCACAUAUUCACUGAAACAUGUCUUUGAUGAGUCAGUAAUUAUAUAUUUUAUUCACAAUACUCUGUCUUUUCAGUACUUUGUGUGACCAAAUGAGUUUGUGCAUAAAGCAUAUCUUUCUGGUUGUCUUGAAGAAAAGCAUUUGUACAAUUGUGAAGUGGGCCAAACAGGCCACUUCUCAUAAGCACCACUUUUACUUGAAAGAACAAUUGAUAAACUGGUUACUCAUACUUGGGUGGCUGGCAUACAUUUUCUCCAAAAUGAAUGAAGAGUUUGUCACUUCAGUUUGUCAUAGGAAACAACUGAGUGUUUAUUGCCAAUGAUAAAAUUUGAGUUUUCAAAUGAAAAUUUUAAUCUACCGCGGUAAGGCUGGCAACUUCCCAAUACCUAUUACAGACCUUUCAAAUGAAAUCAAUAUGUUAUUAAUUAAAGUGAAUAAUUUUUAAGAAUUUUGAUACUGUUUAAAUGUGUCAACAAUUGGGAGAGAUACAUAACUGAAAGAACCAUUGUUUUCCAAAUGACCAAUUCAUGAUGUUAUCAUGCACAGAUAAACAAUCCAUUCAGAUUAUAAAUCAGAGAAGGUUGCAGAUUCCACAUUGCAACUGACCUUUGAAAAACCACCCCUUGUCAGAUUUUGGUGUAGUAUCAGAGUAUCAGAGGUAUCACAACUUCUGAAAAGGCUAUUAAAAUAUUCCCUUUCCAACUAUA